CUACACAGAAGAUUUAACUUGGUCUUCUAGCAUGGGAAACCCCUGGCACUUACAAUACACUUUAAUUUUGCUCUGUAUUUCAGUGCUGAAUACCACAGGGAUCAAGCAAAGACCAAGAGGUGGCUUGAGGACAUGGGAUCCUGAAACAGCUUACCUCACCAGAUGUGAUUUUAACAAUAACUCAAGGCCAUUCUGUGACUGGACUCAGCCUUGCAAUGUCAACCAGGGAAUGUGGAUACGAACCAAGCAUGACACUCCAACUGAUGGAACAGGUCCUGAUGGAGACUAUCCUGAUGGAAAAGGCUAUUUCAUCUACCAAGAAGCAAGUAAUCUGAUCCCCUUCGACACUAACAGGCUAGAGAGCCCAGAUACUGUAGUUUCUGGAAAAAUAUGCAUAGACUUCUGGUACUACAUGUUUGGAUCAGAAGAGAUGAAUGAGCUGAGAGUGCUUGUCCAAGAUGGCACAGGGGAGUCUGUGGUAAUUUUUGAGGCUGUCCGAGGACUGACAGAGUUUGGGGAUACAGCACUGGACAAUGUGAGAGUAAGGGAUGGACCCUGUGAAGCUAUUUGCAGUAUACAUGGAGAUCCCCACUACAACACCUUCGACAAACAGCGUCAUGACUUCAUGGGCACCUGCACCUACACCCUCUCCAAGCUGUGUGAGACCAACAGCUCCCUGCCCUACUUCAACGUGGAAGCGGCCAAUGAGCACAGGGGAGGCAACACCCGUGUGUCCUAUGUCCAGUACGUGGAUAUUGAUGUCUAUGGCUACAGGAUCAACCUUGGUCAAAAAAGAGUUGUUAAGGUCAAUGGAGUCAGCCAGGUGAUCCCUGUGACUGUGGUCCCAGGUGCCAGUAUUUUCUUCAGUGGGCAGUAUGUUGUGGUUACUACUGACUUCGGGCUGCAAGUCAAGUUUGAUGGAAAUCACAGAGCAGAAAUCACUCUUCCCAGUACCUAUAUGUCUAAAGUCUGUGGAAUAUGUGGAAAUUACAAUGGGCAAAAAACAGAUGACUUUCUCAACCCAGAUGGAGAGAUGGAAGCAAACUCAACCAGCCUUGGCAACAGUUGGCAAGUUUACAAUGACUCCAGGUGUUCACCAGAUGAUGGCCAUACUCCAAACUGCACUGAUGAUGAAAAGCACAUGAUCCAAAGCAACGCAUACUGUGGUCUGAUCACAGAUCCAAAUGGUCCAUUCCAGAACUGCCACUCAGUAGUUGAUCCACAGAGUUAUUUUGAAGAUUGCCAGUAUGAUCUCUGUGAACUUCACUUGAACAAUGCAGCCCUCUGUGAAAGCCUACAGGCUUAUGCAGACGUGUGCCAAACUGCAGGAGUCCAGCUGGAACCAUGGAGAAACACAACCUUUUGCCCAAUGGCCUGCCAAGCCAACAGUCACUAUGAGCCCUGUGCUGCAGCUUGCCCUGCCACCUGUGUUGACCCGAUGGCUCCCCACAGCUGCAGCCUGCCGUGCGUGGAGGGCUGUGUGUGCGACAGCGGGUACCUGCUCUACAACGACCGCUGCGUGCCCAGCCAGCAGUGCGGGUGCUGGCACAACGGGCAGCACUACCCCGUGGGCUCCGAGUUCUGGACGGACGACACCUGCUCCUCCAAGUGCACGUGUCCUGCACGGGGAAGCAAAGUCCAGUGCUUCAAUGCCUCCUGCCCUGCGGGCCAGUACUGCGGGGUGCAGGACGGGAAACCUGUGUGCCUCGAACACUCCUACGGCAUCUGCCACGUCCACGGGGACCCCCACUACAAAACCUUUGACAGGGUGACGCACAACUUCAUGGGCAACUGCACCUACACCCUGGCCAAAGUGUGCUCCAACAUCACCUCCCUGCCCUACUUCAAUGUGGAGGCCAAGAACGAGCACCGUGGCAACACCCGAGUGUCCUACGUGCGCGAAGUCGUGGUUGAGGUGUACGGACAGCGCAUUGUCAUCCUCAAGAAGCAGGAGAGCCACGUGCUGGUGAACAACGUGCGCCAGACGUUGCCGGUGAGCGCAGCGGGAGGGGCCAUCACGGUGAGCAAGAGUGGUCGCUACAUCGUCCUGGAGACAGACUUCAACCUCCGAGUGUCCUACGACGCUGACCACUCGGUGGAGGUGAAGGUGCCCACCACCUACUUCAACCUGACCUGUGGCAUGUGUGGCAACUUCAACAACCGCAGAGACGACGAGUACAUGAUGCCCAAUGGGCAGCAAGCCACAGACUCCAAUGCGCUGGGGGAGAGCUGGCAGGUCCCAGACAGUGACCCCUCCUGCGGUGUCCCUGUCCCCUCCCCACCCUGCAGUGCAGAAGAGGAGAAGCUCUACCGCUCCGACCAGUUCUGUGGCAUGCUGACCACCAGGCCUAGCGCUUUUGACAGGUGCCAUGGCGUGAUCAACCCCCAGGACUACUUUGACACCUGCUUGUACGACCUGUGUGCCCUGAAUGGUGGCCAGGAGUUCCUGUGUGCUGCUCUGGAGGCCUAUGCUGACGCUUGCCAGGCAGCUGGUGUGACUCUUCUUCCCUGGAGGAAUGCUACCUUCUGCCCCCUGCAGUGUCCCCCCAACAGCUACUACGACCCCUGCAUGACCGGCUGUCCUGCCACCUGUGCUGACCAACAAGCCCCACAGAACUGCGCCAAGCCUUGUGUGGAGGGCUGUGCAUGUAGCUCUGGCUUCCUCCUGAGUGGAGACACCUGUGUGCCCGAGGCCAACUGUGGCUGCCUCUUUGAGGGCAACUACUACACUGAAGGCGAAUCCUCCGUGAAUGAGAACUGCACUCGCCGGUGCCGGUGCGAAGCCAAAGGCCAGAUGGUUUGCUCUGCCUUGUCCUGUGGCGAGGACGAGGUCUGCAAGAUCCAGGAUGGCCAGAGGGGCUGUUACCCAGCCAGCACUGCCGUCUGCCACAUCUACGGUGACCCACAUUACAGCACCUUUGAUGGGAAGCUCCAUCACUUCCAGGGCUCCUGCAACUACACAGUGGUGACGGGCUGUGACAAUUCCUCCGUUGGCUUCAGUGUCACCACCCGCAACAAACAUCGCGGCAGCCGGAGCUGGACAGCUCUGAACUCUGUGGCACUGUCCCUCAAGGGCCUCCACAUUGCACUGCGCGAGCACAAGGCAGUCUACAUCAAUGGUGCUCUGGUCUCCCUGCCUGCUUCUCCUGCCCCCGGUGUGACCGUUUCCCUGAGCGGCUCCUACGUGCGGGUUGUUACCAAGCUGGGCCUGCAGCUGCAGUUCAAUGGGGACCAUGAGCUCCUAGUGAAGGUGUCGGAGAAGUACAAGGGCAAGCUCUGUGGGCUGUGUGGGACGUACACUGGGAGCCAGCAGGAUGACUUCAUGCGACCCGAUGGGGUGGUUGUACCCGACUUCAACGACUUUGGAGCCAGCUGGAUGGUGCCGGAUGAUGAGUGGCCGUGUGACCCAACCAUCAGCCCACCUCCAUCCUGCUCCCCUGCUGAAGAGGAGGCAGCUAACAAGCAGUGUUCAAUCCUCACACACCUCGGUGGCCCGUUCCAGCCAUGCCAUGCAGUUCUGCCACCCAAGACAUACUUGGAGAGCUGUGUCUAUGACCAGUGUGCCACGGGUGGCAGCACGGAGCAGCUCUGCAAUGACCUGGGGGCCUAUGCUGCAGCCUGUGCUGAGGCAGGUGUUGCUCUGGGAGACUGGAGUGCUGGCACUGUCUGUGCUCCACCAACAGACUGCAAUUUUGCCUGCACAUUCGACAAGGACUUCUGUGGGUGGGUCCAGGAAGAUUACAGCAGCAUUGACUGGAUAAGGAACAAAGGCCCCACACCCACGCCAAACACCGGCCCAUCCUCUGACCACACAACAGGAGAUGGCUACUACAUCUUCCUGCAAGGGAGUGAUGAUACUCUCCCUGGCUUUGUGGCUCACCUGGUCAGCCCGGUGUGCAGCUGGGAAGGAACACUCUGCUUCCGCUUCUGGUACCACAUGUAUGGAAGUGCUAAAUCAAUGGCCCUGCGGGUGUACGUGCGGAAGGACGAUGAGCCAGUGCUGGUCUGGCAAGAAGUUGGGAACCAUGGGGACAGGUGGCACUUGGGAGAGGUCACGGUGCACACCACUGGAAACAUGCAGAUUUUGCUGGAGGGAGAAUGGGGUGAAGAUGUGAGGAGCAACAUAGCAUUGGAUGAUGUCUCCGUUGAAAAGGGAUCCUGUGCAGGUCCACCUCCUACUACACCCCCUACUCUACUGCCUAACAUUACCACACAGACAACGCCAAGCCCACCAACCACAACACCUGGGAUGACCUCAGGCACUUGUGUGGUGGAAGGAGACCCUCACUACCACACAUUCGACAAGCAGUUACACCAUUUCAUGGGCACCUGCACCUACACCCUCUCCAAGCUGUGUGACAGCAACAGCUCUCUGCCCUACUUCAACGUGGAAGCGGCCAAUGAGCACAGGGGAAGCAACACCCGUGUGUCCUAUGUCCGAUACGUGGAUGUCGAUGUGGCUGACCAACGGAUAAGGCUGGGACAGGGUGGAGUGGUGACGGUCAAUGGAGUGGCAGAGAUCCUGCCUUGCAGCCCAUCUGCAGGCGUGCAGGUCUUGUCCAGCGGGUUCUACACCAUGGUCAUGACAGACUUUGGCUUGAGAGUCAAGUUUGAUGGGAAGCAUCGGGUGGAGGUGACACUUCCAAGCACCUUUGGGCAGAAGGUUUGUGGCAUGUGUGGAAACUACAACGGGAUGGCAGCGGAUGACUUCCAGAACCCAGAAGGGGCAAUGGAGCCAGACUCCACCAGCCUGGGCAACAGCUGGGAGGUGUCUAACAACAGCAGCUGCUCAGCCGGACCUCUGCCCAUCCCAGCCUGCACUGAGACCGACAAGCAACUCAUCGGCAGCAGCCACUUCUGUGGGCUCCUCACUGACACCAGCAGCCCAUUUAAGGUGUGCCACGCUGUGCUGAGCCCCAGCAGCUACUUUGACACCUGCUUCUAUGACCUGUGUGAGCUGGGACUGGACAGUGAGGCCCUGUGCAAGAGCUUGCAGUCUUAUGCAGAUGCCUGCCAGUCGCUCGGUGUCCAGAUACCUGCAUGGAGGAACGCAACCUUCUGCCCAAUCACUUGUCCAGCCAACAGUCACUAUGAGCCCUGUGCUGCAGCUUGCCCUGCCACCUGUGUUGACCCGAUGGCUCCCCACAGCUGCAGCCUGCCGUGCGUGGAGGGCUGUGUGUGCGACAGCGGGUACCUGCUCUACAACGACCGCUGCGUGCCCAGCCAGCAGUGCGGGUGCUGGCACAACGGGCAGCACUACCCCGUGGGCUCCGAGUUCUGGACGGACGACACCUGCUCCUCCAAGUGCACGUGUCCUGCACGGGGAAGCAAAGUCCAGUGCUUCAAUGCCUCCUGCCCUGCGGGCCAGUACUGCGGGGUGCAGGACGGGAAACCUGUGUGCCUCGAACACUCCUACGGCAUCUGCCACGUCCACGGGGACCCCCACUACAAAACCUUUGACAGGGUGACGCACAACUUCAUGGGCAACUGCACCUACACCCUGGCCAAAGUGUGCUCCAACAUCACCUCCCUGCCCUACUUCAAUGUGGAGGCCAAGAACGAGCACCGUGGCAACACCCGAGUGUCCUACGUGCGCGAAGUCGUGGUUGAGGUGUACGGACAGCGCAUUGUCAUCCUCAAGAAGCAGGAGAGCCACGUGCUGGUGAACAACGUGCGCCAGACGUUGCCGGUGAGCGCAGCGGGAGGGGCCAUCACGGUGAGCAAGAGUGGUCGCUACAUCGUCCUGGAGACAGACUUCAACCUCCGAGUGUCCUACGACGCUGACCACUCGGUGGAGGUGAAGGUGCCCACCACCUACUUCAACCUGACCUGUGGCAUGUGUGGCAACUUCAACAACCGCAGAGACGACGAGUACAUGAUGCCCAAUGGGCAGCAAGCCACAGACUCCAAUGCGCUGGGGGAGAGCUGGCAGGUCCCAGACAGUGACCCCUCCUGCGGUGUCCCUGUCCCCUCCCCACCCUGCAGUGCAGAAGAGGAGAAGCUCUACCGCUCCGACCAGUUCUGUGGCAUGCUGACCACCAGGCCUAGCGCUUUUGACAGGUGCCAUGGCGUGAUCAACCCCCAGGACUACUUUGACACCUGCUUGUACGACCUGUGUGCCCUGAAUGGUGGCCAGGAGUUCCUGUGUGCUGCUCUGGAGGCCUAUGCUGACGCUUGCCAGGCAGCUGGUGUGACUCUUCUUCCCUGGAGGAAUGCUACCUUCUGCCCCCUGCAGUGUCCCCCCAACAGCUACUACGACCCCUGCAUGACCGGCUGUCCUGCCACCUGUGCUGACCAACAAGCCCCACAGAACUGCUCCAAGCCUUGUGUGGAGGGCUGUGCAUGUAGCUCUGGCUUCCUCCUGAGUGGAGACACCUGUGUGCCCGAGGCCAACUGUGGCUGCCUCUUUGAGGGCAACUACUACACUGAAGGCGAAUCCUCCGUGAAUGAGAACUGCACUCGCCGGUGCCGGUGCGAAGCCAAAGGCCAGAUGGUUUGCUCUGCCUUGUCCUGUGGCGAGGACGAGGUCUGCAAGAUCCAGGAUGGCCAGAGGGGCUGUUACCCAGCCAGCACUGCCGUCUGCCACAUCUACGGUGACCCACAUUACAGCACCUUUGAUGGGAAGCUCCAUCACUUCCAGGGCUCCUGCAACUACACAGUGGUGACGGGCUGUGACAAUUCCUCCGUUGGCUUCAGUGUCACCACCCGCAACAAACAUCGCGGCAGCCAGAGCUGGACAGCUCUGAACUCUGUGGCACUGUCCCUCAAGGGCCUCCACAUUGCACUGCGCGAGCACAAGGCAGUCUACAUCAAUGGUGCUCUGGUCUCCCUGCCUGCUUCUCCUGCCCCCGGUGUGACCGUUUCCCUGAGCGGCUCCUACGUGCGGGUUGUUACCAAGCUGGGCCUGCAGCUGCAGUUCAAUGGGGACCAUGAGCUCCUAGUGAAGGUGUCGGAGAAGUACAAGGGCAAGCUCUGUGGGCUGUGUGGGACGUACACUGGGAGCCAGCAGGAUGACUUCAUGCGACCCGAUGGGGUGGUUGUACCCGACUUCAACGACUUUGGAGCCAGCUGGAUGGUGCCGGAUGAUGAGUGGCCGUGUGACCCAACCAUCAGCCCACCUCCAUCCUGCUCCCCUGCUGAAGAGGAGGCAGCUAACAAGCAGUGUUCAAUCCUCACACACCUCGGUGGCCCGUUCCAGCCAUGCCAUGCAGUUCUGCCACCCAAGACAUACUUGGAGAGCUGUGUCUAUGACCAGUGUGCCACGGGUGGCAGCACGGAGCAGCUCUGCAAUGACCUGGGGGCCUAUGCUGCAGCCUGUGCUGAGGCAGGUGUUGCUCUGGGAGACUGGAGUGCUGGCACUGUCUGUGCUCCACCAACAGACUGCAAUUUUGCCUGCACAUUCGACAAGGACUUCUGUGGGUGGGUCCAGGAAGAUUACAGCAGCAUUGACUGGAUAAGGAACAAAGGCCCCACACCCACGCCAAACACCGGCCCAUCCUCUGACCACACAACAGGAGAUGGCUACUACAUCUUCCUGCAAGGGAGUGAUGAUACUCUCCCUGGCUUUGUGGCUCACCUGGUCAGCCCGGUGUGCAGCUGGGAAGGAACACUCUGCUUCCGCUUCUGGUACCACAUGUAUGGAAGUGCUAAAUCAAUGGCCCUGCGGGUGUACGUGCGGAAGGACGAUGAGCCAGUGCUGGUCUGGCAAGAAGUUGGGAACCAUGGGGACAGGUGGCACUUGGGAGAGGUCACGGUGCACACCACUGGAAACAUGCAGAUUUUGCUGGAGGGAGAAUGGGGUGAAGAUGUGAGGAGCAACAUAGCAUUGGAUGAUGUCUCCGUUGAAAAGGGAUCCUGUGCAGGUCCAUCGACACCAACACCCACGGUGCCCUUGCCAGGUACCACAACGCAGCCUGUACUCACCACCUCACCAACAAGACCCACUCCAAGCUCAGGUCGUGCUUCCUGCAGUGCUUCUGGGGACCCACAUUACAACACUUUCGACCACAAAGUUCAUAAUUUCAUGGGAAAUUGCACUUACACCCUCUCCAAAGUGUGCACUGUCUCUGAGAGUCUUCCAUACUUUGAUGUGUCCACAACAAAUGAGCACAGAGGAGCCAACACCAAAGUCUCUUAUGUGAAGUCGGUGCACGUGAAAGUCUAUGACAAUCAGAUUUCUCUGCUGAAAAACAAGAAAGUGAAUGUGAAUGGUCGCAGAAUGAACUUGCCUGUAUUUAUUGAAAAGAAGAUCAGUAUUCAAAGCAGUGGUGGAUAUGUUCUCUUGGAAACUGACUUCGGACUGUGGGUGAGAUAUGAUGGAAAUCAUUAUGCAGAAGUCUCUGUGCCCUCUAAUUACAGUGGUCUGCUCUGUGGCCUAUGUGGUAAUUAUAAUGGUGAUCCAAAUGAUGACAAUAUCAAGCCCAAUGGUGACAUUGCAAGUGGUUCCACUGAUCUUGGAGAAAGCUGGCUGGUGCCUGAGAAUAACACCAUAUGCUUCAGUGGUGGGACAGAAGAGCAAUGUGAUCCUGUGUUGGAGAGUGAAGCAAAGAAAAACACAGCAUGUGGCAUGAUCACAGACCCAACAGCAAUGUCCUGUCCUGGAGGAAGCAUCUACAAGAGCUGUGGUACUAGGUGUCCUUCUACCUGUUUGAACAUCUCAGAAGUUGAUUCCUGCAGUCCUUUGCCAGUGGAAGGUUGCUUCUGUAAGGAAGGCUAUGUUUUGAGUGGAGACACAUGUGUUCCAGAAAGCAACUGUGGUUGUGUUGAUGAAAACAACCAGUAUCACCAGCUGAAUGAAAGCUGGUUCACUCAUUACCCCUGCACUGAGCGCUGCACCUGCAAGGCAAAUAGCAUCAUUGAGUGCCAGGCUUGGGAGUGCGGAGUCCAAGAGGAGUGCAGUAUUCAGGAUGGUGUGCUGGGCUGUCAUUCCAAUGGCCAAGCAACAUGUCAAGUGGUAGGAGAUCCCCAUUAUUUUACUUUUGAUGGAAUGAAGUACACUUUUGUGGGAACCUGCACCUACACUUUGGUUGAGGUUGUUAACACUGCCACCAAUGUCAUUCCUAUAACCAUACUUGGCAAGAAUGAAGACAGAGGACUAAGAGGGGCCACAUACCUGAAAGAAGUCUACAUAGAUGUGCAUGGUGUACGAAUCACCCUUCAGAAAAACCAAGGAAUCCUGCUGAACAAUGAGAGAGUCUACACUCCAGUACAGAAACAGCUGCAAGGCGUGUCCAUUGGAAAUGUUGGCAGAUUUAUAGUAGUGGAAACUGACUUUGGUGUGAUAGUGAAAUAUGAUGGCAAUCACCAUUUGGAGAUCACCCUCCCACGCUCUUACUUCUCACAGGUGCAUGGCAUGUGUGGCAAUUUCAAUGGUAAUCAUGAAGAUGAUCUGUCCUUGACCAAUGGUACAGUUGUCACUGCCCCACAGUUUGGAAAUAGCUGGGAAGUGGAGAAAGACAGUGAUAAAGGUUGUUUGCCAGACUUGAGAGAAGAAGAUGAUCCUCCUUGCACUGCUGAGAAUAAACAACUCAUUGAAAGACAGUGCAAUGUUCUAAAAUCAGACAAAUUCAAAGUAUGCCAUAGUCUAGUCAAUCCUGAUGACUUCAUAGAGAUCUGCAUCUAUGAUAUGUGCCAGUAUGAUGGUAUGAAGUCUGCUCUCUGUGACAUAGUUCAAGUCUAUGUGGACACCUGCAAGAAUCAUGGAAUCAUCAUUAAAUGGAGGAAUAGCACAUUCUGUCGUUUUGGGAGAUGCCAGGUCAUGGGUGACCCACACUACAUCACCUUUGACGGGCUGGUGCACCACUUUCAAGGGAAAUACACAUAUAUUCUGGCUCAGACCAUCCCUGACCUACCUGACACUCUGACACAGUUCAGCAUUGAAGGCAUGAACUAUCCUUUACGUGGAAGUCGACACAUUACUUACCUGAAAGAGAUGCUCAUCAAUGUUUACAACCACACAGUGCGAUUCAGGCAGAACAAGCAGGUUCUGUUGGAUGGUGUGAGGGUGAGGCCCCCUGUUCGACCCCAUGAAGGUAUUCGUAUAUAUCAGAGGGCAAGAAGAAUUUACCUGGAGACAGAUUUUGGCUUAUACCUGAGCUUUGAUGGCAAUCAAAAUGCAGACAUAAAGCUGGCUACCUCCUACAGAAACAGAGUGGAAGGCUUGUGUGGUGACUUUGAUGGGAUACACAGAAAUGAUUUCACCAAUCCAGAUGGUGUUUGGGUGAGGAACGUGAAUGUAUUUGGUGAAAGUUGGAAAGUUCCUCUGAAAAGAAGCUCUCGUCUCAGACGAGAUGUCAUCUCAGAAAAUGAGUCUGAGGAGGAACCAGAUCCAGGGCUUUUCCAAGGCUGCAACGAAAAUCAGCUGGAGCAGCAAAACACAACUACAAGGUGUCAAAUCCUGACUGACUUGAAUGGUCCUUUUGCCAAGUGUCAUUCUGCAGUCCAACCAGAUUUCUAUUUCACGAGCUGCCUGUUUGAUAUGUGUGUGGAAGAAGAUGAAGUUGCUACCUUGUGUCGCAGUCUGGAGGAAUAUGUGCUGGCUUGUCAGCAGCAAGGAGUCAGCAUGGAUGGCUGGAGGCAACAGACAGACUGUGGCAUAUCAUGUCCUGCCAACAGCAAGUACAGCUCAUGCAUGUCUGCAUGCCCAGCAUCCUGCAACGACCUGACCAGCCCCUCUCAGUGUGAAUCACCCUGUGUUGAAGGCUGUGAAUGUCUCCCUGGUUAUGUUCUUAGUGGCUUUGACUGUGUGCCUUACAAACAGUGUGGCUGCACAUACCUCAACAAAUACUAUGAGAUUGGAGAAAUAUUCACCACUGAUGACUGCUCUCAGAGAUGCCAGUGCACAGAAAGUUCCACUGUUUUCUGCUCUGAGAUAGUGUGUGGGUUUGGUGAAAUCUGUGGCAUUUCAAACUACAGUCAUGGCUGCUACAGGACUGAAGAUCCUGACACAGAGGAUUCGGGUCACACAAUUGCCAUCGUCAUUGCAGUUGUAGCAGGUGUAGCUGUUAUUGUCAUUCUCAUCUCUUCUACAGUGUUUCUGUUCAGGCUGCGGGCGCGGCUCUGCCGGGCGGCCGGAGGUGCCCCAGAGCCCGGGCACGGGCUGGGCAGCGCGGGCAGCCCCGGGCAGCGGGCCCGGCCCCGGCAGCAGCGGAGCCCCGAGCGGAGCGCGGCCGGAGGGGAGCGCGGGCACCGUGGGCGGGCGGGGGCAGCCGGGGACGGCGGCAGGCGCCGGACGCGCAGCCGGCCCGGGCUCGGCCUGCGGCGGAUGCUCUGGGUGGCAGCGGGGCCGUUCGGUGCCUCGCCCUGCGCCGGCGGGCGGCAGCGGCCCCGAGCCGGCUCCGGUGCUCCGAGCGGGGCCGCCGCUCCGGCAGCCGCUGCCCUCGGGGCCCGGCACUGA